AUGGCCUCGUUCGUGCCCUCGCUGCGCGCACACUCGCACCGCCUCGCCGCCACUCGCCCAGCAGCAGCCGCCCACCGCGCGUUUGCGUCGACCUCUCGCACUCCCGCCUCCGAUUCUCCUCCAGCAGAACCCUCGUCGACCCAGCCCACCGCGACCGACGCUGCAGCAGCCGACACGGGCGCACUCGAUGCCGCCGCUGCAGCCGCAGCCGCAGCCGCCCAGGUCCCGCAGGGCACGACCAAGAAGGGCUACCGCGCGUGGCUCCAGGGCGAGGGGCAGCGCUUCCGCAAGGGCAUCCCGGGCAGGACCAACUGGAUCGCAGACACGGUGCCCGUCGAGGGACUCGACGCGCGAGACGAGCCCGCCCUCCCCUCAUCCUCGCUCGGCUCGGGCGGCGGCCCAAGUCGCCCCUUCCCGCUGAACCCGACCUUCAACCCGCUGCCGCCGCUCGCCGACUCGAUCAAGACCAAGAUCUACAACAGCUACCUGCACAACAUCCUCCUCAAGGACGCGACCGACUCGCAGGUCGUGCGCGCCGUCAGUACCCGGUUUGGCGUCAGCAUGGACCGCGUGCGCGCCAUCAUUCGCCUCAAGGAGCUCGAGAAGCAGUGGAAGGACGAGGGCCGAGCGCUCCAGACCGAGCUCGUCAAGGGCAUGGAGUCGCACCUCGGCGUCAAGCAGGUGUCGGACAACUGGCGCGGCGUCGAGCAGGCCGACCCGGCCAAGCCUCAGCUCGCGAGCAGCAAGACCGUGUUUGAGAUGGUCGACGUCGAGUCGGGCGACUCGCCGGUGUUCCUCCCGCUCCUGUCCCGCAUCCCGCUGCGCACCACCCCUCUCACCUCGCCUCCAGCCUCUCGCUCGAACCCUCCCCCUUCCUCCUCGACCACCUCGACCUCGUCCACCACUGCCUCCUCCUCCUCCCCGCGCCCCAAGCGCCUCGUCGUCCCCGCCUCGCGCGCCGGCCGCGCCCCGCUCGUCUUCACCGACGUGUCGGGCACGGCGCAGGGCAGCAAGCUCGAGCAGAGCUACGACCCGAGCCGGACCAAGCGCGGCAACAAGGCGGUCAAGGGGCGCAGCAGGGCGGACAGCGGGACGGCGGCGCAGGCGAGGGCGUGAUUGGUGCGCUGGGUGGGUGCGAGGGUGGGUUGAGAGGAGGGUGGACGGAGCGAGCGAGCGUGAGGGACGAGAACGGGCGCGCGCGCGAGACGAGCUGCAUCGCAUCUUGUAUCACCAGC